AUGGACCCAAUUUCAGCAGCUGGGAUUGCCAUUUCCGUGGCAUCGCUAUCCUUUCAAGUAUUUGCAGGCUGCGUGAAAGGGUUCGUGGUACUGUCGAGCGCGCAGAACUUUGGCAAGGACGCCUCCUUCCUUCGAACCAUGCUCAACGUAGAGGAGUAUCGGUUUAUCCAAUGGGCAGAUACAGUAGGCCUGACCUCACCAGGCGGCAAAAUGCUGCCCCAGAUCAAUCGAGGGCUCGCCGAUGAGCUGAUGGUGCAGCUGCGUGACAGACUGGAUUGUGUCAAGCUGAGGGAGCGAUACUCAAUUGACCUUCAGCCUGCAAAUCUCACCAGCCAAGCACCAGAUAAUUGCAUCAUAGGAGGGUCGCAAGCCCCGGACAUUCUAGCCAGCGCAGUCUCCGAUGAGCGACGAACGGAGAUCUUGGCACACGCCAAAUUGAUUGAGCGCAAGACUGGGUUACCGAAGCGUCUUUGGUGGGUAAUGAUAGAGAAGUCCAAGUUUCAGGAUCUUGUUCGGGACUUGAGGCAGAUCGUGGAUGCGCUUUGGAAUCUUCUCGAGCCCAUGCGGCUGAGGGAGCUUGUGCAACAGGUUGACCGAACGCUAACGGCGGUCGUGGACAUGAGCCAUGAUAUUGAUGCCUUGAAGGGUGUCCAGGCUAGUCUUAGUUUGAAGACAAUAGACUUCCCAGGAGAGGCGAACCUCUCCGCCGCUGUUGGCUUGAAGGUGAUGCGCGAACAGCUUCCUGAUGACGGCAGUGACCCAGCCCGCGUCAAGUCACUCAACCAUGAGUCUAUUCGCCCCUUGCACAGGAAUCUUCUCAAACAGCCUACAAAUCGACAAGGCAAUGGUGGCUCAUUUAUCGCAGAGUACGACGGGAAACAAGUACUGUGCGAGGCCAAGCCCGUUCACGGACGGCUCAAGUCAAAGCUCCGACUGCGAUCCACGAAUCUAGCAAAUCUGCUUGCUCUGCCCAAAAAUCCGGGUUUCCUGACCUUGAGUUGUCUCGGUUUUCUGGAAGACGUGGAUGAGUUUGUUUUCCUGUACGAGUAUCCGCCUGGGGCGGACACCUCGAUCCAGCCACGAUCUCUUCAAGACCUGCUUCGCGACAAGAAGACGAGGCCUCCAAGUGUUACAGCAAGAAUCAGAUUGGCACUCGAGAUUUGCAGGACAAUCUUGACGGUUCACACUGCGGGCUGGCUGCACAAGAACAUCCGCUCCGAGAACAUCCUGUUCUUUACUGAUAGAGAGAAGUCAGGCAAUGGCCCCGACGCUCUGACGCAGCCGUAUCUGACCGGAUUUGCCUUCUCACGUGCUGACUCCCCGGUUGAGAUCAGUGACCAGGCCUCCGAAGAUCCCCUGUUGGACAUCUACCGGCAUCCGAAGGCGCUUGGGGAGCCGUCCGACUCAUACGCCAUGUAUAUGGACCAUUAUUCCCUUGGGAUGGUCCUCACUGAGAUUGCUGAAUGGUGCCCACUCAAGUUUAUCAUCAAGAACCAUGUCGAUGUCACUAGGAGCGAAAUUGAUGUGCCUCUUUCGGCUUUGGCUGGGGUCCAUGCCUGGUUGGUACGGGAGCUGGUGGAGCUUGGGCGAAUCGAAUUCCGUAUGGGGGAAGUCUAUGGAAAUGCCGUUUCCUGGCUCAUAAGCCGAAAACAUGGAGAACUGAAACGGCAUGAGAGUACAGAGCGCCUUCUCGCUUUCCAGCAAUUUGUAAAUGAGCUAGGCUGUUGUCGGGUGUAG